AUGUUCUGCAUUCCAUGCCAGAGGAAGUUCAACACAAAAAAUGCUUACAGGUGCCAUAUCUCCACUUCUUCGCACGCAAAGGCCGAGGAGGAGUGCAGGUUGAAUAGAAGAGCCAGUACGGAGCGAAACACAAGUAAUUUUAUUGCAGAUUUCCAUUCCUACAUCUCACAGAUAGCCGAGUACAAGGAAAUAGGCCAGGUCUAUAGAGAGUACUUAGCCAGAAACAGAUUCAGAAUAGAAGGAACGCACUUUCGGAGUGUUGAAGAAGCCGUUGAUGCGAUUGGAAGGAGAAUCUCUAUUGUCAAGGAAGGAGGCAAAGUAAUGGUCAAGCGUUUGAGUAAGUUCAAAUCUACCAAAAAGCCAAUCACGUUUGAUUUAGAAAGACUCAGAUCUACCUUCAACAUCAGGACAGUAGGAGAAGAUGGAGUUGAUGGACAAAAAACUUAA